GCUGAUUGUUAAAUAAAUUUAAAAAAAAAGUGUAAAAUUAUUGUGAUAUUCUAUUUAAAAUAAUUGACUGUAAUAAAUAAUAAAAAAAUGAUAUUUAAUCUAGUCUACUGCGUGCCACGUGUUCAAAAGCUCACUGAAAAAUUCCACCAAGCGUUCUCUCAUUAACUUCUUAUCAUUACCACAAUAUUUUUGUAUUUUUUACUCAACAACUACAUGCUUAAUAUAUGUAUAUGUAUAUAUUCGAAGUGAUAUAUUUGUUAAAACAUUUAUGCACCAUAUUUGUUUAUAGUGUAUUUAUUUGAAAUUUUUAAGAUUUAUUUAUUGUAAAAACAUUUGUUAAUCUCAAAUUUUAUUGUUUAUUGUGUGAGUGUGAAUUUACUCAAAAUUAUUACACUGCCGAGGAUUUCUCAGUAUCGGAAGUUUGAUGCCCUUGUCGCAGUCAUCGCGCGACCAUGGCCCCAUCGACGGAAAGCAAAAGUGACUGCUGCGAAACAAAGCAUCAGAAUGGCCAUCCAAAUGGAAAGACAGAAGAAAUACAGCUUAAUAAUUGUAACGACAAUGACAGUGAGGAAUGACAAUCAAGUUGAGGUAGACAUGGUGGUACCACCUGAUGGUGGUUGGGGUUGGGUGAUUGUUGCUGCCUCCUUUAUGUGCAAUGUCGUUGUUGAUGGUAUCAUUUUUAGCUUUGGAGUCUUCCUCAAUCAUAUAUCUGAUGCUUUUCAAGUACCCAAGUCUAGUGUUGCUGUUGCUGGUUCUCUUCAGACUGGAUUCUACUUGAUGGCAGGACCUUUUGUCUCGGCUCUUGCAAACAGAUAUGGAUUUAGACUGGUGGCAAUAGCAGGCAGUUUCAUCAGUUGUUUGGCAUUUGUUUUGUCUUUCUUCAGUACUUCCAUAGAAUAUCUUUACUUUUCUUAUGGACUUAUUGGUGGGAUUGGUGCUGGUUUAAUUUACGUACCAGCAGUAAUAACCGCAGGAUUUUAUUUCGAGAGAUGGCGCGCUUUAGCUACCGGUAUCGCGGUUUGUGGUUCUGGUAUUGGAGCUUUCGUUCUUGCCCCGGUCACCGAUCUCUUGAUAAAGCACUUUGGCUGGAGGCAAGCACUCCUAAUCCAAGCUGGAAUGCUCUUGCAUUGUGCAAUAUUUGGGGCCAUGUUCCGGCCCUUGAAACCUAGUAGGAUAAAAGUCAAAAAAUCGGAAGUAGCACAAGAGAAUUUGACAGAGAUCAAGAGUCCGUUGAUGAAAAAAAGUGCAUCAACGCAAUCACUUCACGGCAGUCAAUCGAUGACUGUGGGAUGGAUUUUUGGGACAAAUAAUAAUACUGAGUAUCCUACCGCUGCUCAAGUUAUUGCUAGUAAUCCAAAUAUUGUUAAAUCAACACAUUCCGCCCACAACAUUCUGACGCUUAGCGGUGAAAUGGAAUUAAGUACGUCAGAGAAAAGGUUAUCAGUGCCGAUUUAUUCUGAUCUAGAUGUUACGAAAAAAGAGAUAAAGACAGAAGAAGAAAAUAAUUUACUGGAUGGUGACCUAGAAAAGCUUAACGGUCGACUACCCACUUUACAAGUUCGUAGGCAUACAAUAAGUGGACGCCGUGAUCAACAUGGUAGUCAAUUGUCACUUAAAAAAGCAGGAAAACGGCAUUUUACAUCCAGAGAUCCUCAACGUCCAUUUUAUAGAGAUGAUAUUUUCUAUGGUGGUUCACUUGCUAGACUGCCUCAUUACAAAUCCCAGCUUUCUUCAGUGGGAUAUCACAUGUCAGUUACUCGUCUGCCCACAGCGACUGAUGUUGAAGAAGAAAAGAGUGGAAAUUGUUAUUUAUAUCCUGAAAGUGUUCGCCGAAUUCUUAACACUAUGUUGGAUCUUCAUUUAUUAAAAAGUCCGUCCUUCCUCAUUCUUGCUAUUAGUGGUGGCUUAACGAUGAUGGGAUUUUUCACUCCAUUUACUUAUUUACCAGAUCGUGCAAAGACUUACAAGAUCGAUGACUCAACGGCAAUGUUCUUAGUCUCUGUAAUUGGAAUAGCCAACACAAUUGGACGAAUCGUGUGUGGUAUGGGAUCAAGUCUUCCUGGAGUUGAUGCACUUGUUGUUAAUAACGUGUUCAUCAGUAUCAGUGGAAUAAUGACAAUUAUUUCAGGUCUUUCUCAUUCUAAAGAGUAUCAAUUUUUCUAUUCAGCCUCUUUUGGUUUAAGUGUGUCGGCAUUUGCAGCACUUCGAUCAAUUCUCGUCGUUGAUCUCGUGGGAUUAGAGAAGCUUACCAAUGCCUUUGGGCUUCUCUUACUAUUCCAAGGUGUUGCAGCAUCUGUUGGUGCUCCACUUGCAGGUGCAUUUAUGGAAGCAACAGGAAACUAUGAUGCAUCUUUCUAUCUGUCAGGCUCGUUAAUCCUUUUAUCUGCUGUUAUUUGUUAUCCAUUGAAGAGGAUAAAUGAUUGGGAGAAAAGACGAAGUAAAGGAAAAUCUUCCGAUAUAGAAGAGUCUUGAUUGAAACAUAAAAACUUUAUGUUUUGUUUUUUUUUUUUUAUACAAAUUAUUUAAUUGUGUGAAAUUGAAAGACUGUUUAUUGACUCCAUUUUGCUACUUAACAGCUUUGAAAUAGUGUGAUAAGACAACUCUCACGUGAAGCGGAGUCAAAUAGAAGCUGCAUUUAAUUUUUAGUGAAACACUCAAAUGAUAAAAGUGAAAUGUAUUUCUUUCUUAAUCUUUUUUCUUUCUUUUAAUUUCAUUUUAUAUUCUUUUUUUUUUUUUUAAUGUAAUAAUAUCAAAAGUGUACAUUUGAAGCAAAAAAAAUUAUUUUCACUUGAGAGAGAAUUUAUAUUUGUUGAUAAACACAUGAAAUUAUUUAAGUAUUUACUUUUUUUUGAAAAUACUCUCUCACUAAAUAAACGUUUAAUUGAUAACAAAAUAAUAUCAGAAAUAGAAAUAAAGAUGUAUAUGUACAUGUAUGUAUAUAAAAAAAAAGCAUGCUGCGAUAAAAUUAAGAGAGUGGGCAUUGGGCAAAAAUUAUCGGAAUGGCUGUUUGUUUUAAAUCCGAUUAAUUUAAUCGCUCCUAAAGUUGCCACCUAGUAUCUGUCUUAAAUGUUACUGUUACAUAUGAAGGUAUAAAAAUAUUUAGAUUAAUAACUUGAUGUUUAUAUUGUUAUAUUUAAUUAUUAUGUUUAGGUUGAACAGUUGUAAAUUUUAGGAAAUUUUUAUUUUUAAGUUAUUGUAAUUUCUACUUGUAAAUAUUGAAAAAAGAAUAACUAUUUUUCACCUAAAA